UGUAUCUGGGAUCCCAGUUUUUAGAGCCGGCUCUUCGUAGAGCGAUGGAACUCACUGACGCUGCUUACACCCGAACGAGCGAAAGAGUGAAGAUGUCUCUGUCUGAAGGGGCUCUACGGCCCAGCGACCUCCUGGCGCAGUUCAAACAGGCCGAGCCCAGCACCAGGGCUCACAUCCAGGCUGCAGAGCUCCUGGACAACACAGUAGAGCUGAUCAGAGAGAUGGUCUACACUCACACCAUGGUCAUGCCAGACCACAGUGAGCUGCUGAGUGACGGGGAUGUGGCGGAGCUGCUGCAGGUGACUGGAUGCUCCUCUGAGCUGAAGAGCAUGCACUGUGACACCGACUGUCUCUCCGAGCGAUACAGAUCCAUCACGGGGGAGUGCAACAAUAGACAGCGUUCUAGUUGGGGUGCUGCAAACAUCCCCUACUCCCGCUGGCUGGAGCCAGAGUAUGAGGACGCCACCGGCAUGCCGAGAGGCUGGGACCCGGACCACUCCUACAACGGCUUCAGCCUGCCUCCGGUGAGGCUGGUGUCCCAGGAGGUGCUGUACACCCACAACGACAACAUCUCCCUGGACUCCACCCUGUCCCACCUGCUGGUGGAGUGGGGCCAGUGGAUCGACCACGACCUGGCCCUGACCCCCCAGAGCCCCAGCACCGCCGCCUUCAGGACCGCCGUGGACUGCACCCGCAGCUGCAGCCGCGACACGCCCUGCUUCCCCAUCCAGAUCCCGUCCUCGGACCCCCGCACCGGCCUCCAGAGCUGCAUGCCCUUCUUCCGCUCGGCACCGAGCUGCGGGCGCGGCCCCCUGGGGAGGGGCCACCGGGAACAGCUCAACGCCAUCACCUCGUACGUGGACGCCAGCAUGGUGUACGGCAGUUCGCCCGGCGUGGCCUCGGCCCUGCGCGACCGCCUCUCCCCCCGGGGCGCCCUGGCUCUCAACCCGCAGCACUCCGACCACGGCCUGGCCUACAUGCCCUUCCUGAGCCGCGGGCCACAGGCUCGCCUGGACCCCUGUGGCCCUCGAAGGGGGGGGAACCUGUCCUCCUCAGGGCCGCAAGAUGGGUCCCCACGCCGGGAUAACGCCACCUCUUGUUUUCAGGCUGGAGACUCCAGAGCCAAUGAGCAUCUGGGGAUGAUCGCGCUGCACACCGUGUUCCUGAGAGAGCACAACCGGUUGGUGGAGGCGUUGUAUGGCCUCAACCCACACUGGAGCCCCGACACCCUCUAUCAGGAGGCCCGCAAGAUCAUGGGGGCCGUCCACCAGGUCCUGACGUGGGACCACUAUCUCCCUCGGGUCCUGGGGGAGAGCGCUCUCUCCCGCCUCAUGCCCGCCUAUGAGGGCUAUAACGCUGACGUGGACCCCAGUGUUGCUAAUGUAUUUGCCGCGGCUGCAUUCCGCUUUGCCCACGUCACCAUCCAGCCCAUGGUGGCUCGGCUGGGGCCGGGUUACAGCCUGGACCCCCAGCACCCGCCGCUGGCUCUGCACCACUCCCUGUUCGCCUCCUGGAGGGUGGUGCAGGAAGGGGGGGUGGACCCAGUGCUGCGGGGUCUCCUGCUGUCCCCGGCUAAGCUGCAGGUUCCAGGGCAGAUGAUGGUGGAGGAGCUGACGGAGCGGCUGUUCCAGGCCCAGGGCGGGAUGCCCCUGGACCUGGGGGCCCUCAACCUGCAGCGGGGGCGGGACCAUGGACUGCCUGGAUACAGCUCUUGGAGGGAGUUCUGUGGCCUCUCCGUCCCCAACACCACCGCGGAUCUCGCCGACGUCCUGGGGAACCGGCCUUUGGCGCACAAGUUCCUGGAGCUCUACGGCACGGCACGCAACAUUGACGUCUGGGUGGGGGCCAUCUCGGAGCCGGCGCUGCCCGGGGGCCGCGUGGGGCCGCUGCUGGCCUGCCUCCUAGCGAGGCAGUUCAGGGCCCUGAGGGAUGGGGACAGGUUCUGGUGGGAGAGAGAAGGUGUCUUCACCGCAGCGCAGCGUAAGCAGCUGAGAACCGCGUCUCUCUCACGCAUCAUCUGUGACAACAGUCACAUCCAGCGCGUCCCCGCGGACCCCUUCUCCCGCACCGAGAGCGCAGACGCAAUGCUGCCCUGCGCCCACCCCCUCAUCCCCCAGCUGGACCUAGGCCCCUGGAAAGAACCGGACACGGACCCCAGGUGUGGUGUCAUACCAAGGGUCCAGUACGGCUAUUCUCUGCUGUGUGGCUCAGUGGUUCUCUUCCAGUGCCGCACUGGCUUCACGCUCCAGGGCCCUCCCUCUGUCAGGUGUGAUCCGGGCAGCCAGCACUGGACACCAGCACCUCCUAUCUGCCACGACCCGAACCCGUCCGUAGGGUCAGUUCUGGGGGCCGUUGUGGCUGUCCUGGCAGGCGUCCUCAUCCUGGCCCUGCUGCUGGUUUGGUACAGAAGAUAUUUCCCAAAUAAACAAGAACUGGUGAAUGAAGGAUGCUGUAAGCAGAACAGCUAAUCCACGCUCUGCUGUCAUUAUAAAAUACAGGACUGUAAUUAGCUUUGGAUUUGAUGUUCUUAUUUGCUCAUAGCUAUAGGGUUUAUCUUCCUAGUUGGUUUGAGGUCAAUUCAAUCAAGCCAAUGUGAAACACACCUCAACCCGUUCAUGUGCCUCAGUAAGCUCGGCUGUGUCUGAUUUGUUGACAACCGUUUUUCAAAGCAAUCAUCACGGGGUGUGACAUCACGUUCCUCUGGUGACAUGACAUGUCCCUUUCACCGGCUGAAUACUUUGAUACUAUUGGCUUUGACAACUGGCGAGGAGUCCAUGCAGAAAUUCCAUAUAUUAUAUAACCUAUGAGUCAGAAGUGUUAGAAGACCAUUGUGUUAUUUGCCCUAUCCAAAACCAGUUAGGCCACCAUGUGUGGGUGAGGUUAGGUAAGAAACCUUACAAUCAAGGUAGCUGGGAGUUCCUGGUGAUGUUUUUAGUUUUCGCCCUGAGAACUGAGGUCAUGGUUAGAAGGGCUCUUCUCCGAUUGGAUAUUUGAUUUGGCAUUGAAAAAGGAUAGGUUAGUAGUGGUUAGGGUUAUGUGAUCGGCAGUGAGAAAGGAUGGGUUAGAGGGGCAACAGCACAUAAACACAGCUUUACAGACGUACAACAAGGCAGCAACAGGGACCUGCAGGGUUAACACAGCUACUCAGACAUACAACAAGCACAAGCGAAGAACAGGAUUACAUAAACAAGGCAGAAUAGAACGAAUAACAAUUGUGAAAAACAUAAAAAAAUAACAUUUAAAAAAACAUAUUAGCCGUAAUGGGCGUACAGAUGAGGCAGGAGACUGAGAGCAAGGUUAGAUGGAGGGGAAGCAGUUACAGGAAUCUGUUAGAAGGUGUGAGAUGGUGUCUUUGAAGGCCGGGAUGGAAAUACAUUUGACCAGUUUGAGGUGUUUUUGUAGUGCAUUCCAGUCAACGGCAGCAGCUGACUGGAAUGUUGCUAGACCGAGUAUGGAUCUGGUUUCAGGGGUUGUUAGCAGGAUGAGGAGAGAGGACCGGGUGUAAUAUGUGAUAGGUAGACGAUGCAGCAGGCGGGACAGGUAGGGGGGUGUCCGUUGAAGGGGGGUCUUGUCGAUGAGAGUGAGCCAGUGAAUAUCACGACGAGUGUGAAGCGAUGGCCAAUUAACCAGAGAGUAAAGACAGCAAUGGUGGGUGUUGAGGGGGGCAGUUGUAGCCAAACGGAUAGCAGAGUGAUAGAGUGUGUCCAGUUUGGCGAGAGUGCCCUUGCAUGCGGUUCUAUAGAUAGAUCACCGAAAUCAAGUGUUGGGAGAAUAGUCCUUUUGAUAAGUUGAAGUGAAGGCGGUGUAGGAAACCGAGUUUGGCCCGCACCUUAGACUGUAACCGGGAGAUGUGAUGUGAAAAGCAUAGUGUAGUGUCUAACCAGAUGCCCAAGUAUUUGUAGAUGGAGACUUGCUCCAGGCUUGCCCCCUCACAGGUUGAGAUGUUUAAUGGAGACGGAGAUUUGUUGAAUGGCAGUUUCAGUUGUGAGAGGGCAUGUUGUACCUGGAGAAAGCUAUCCUGGUGCGUGGAUUGGACAGAGGAGGGCGAUGGAUCACAGGCGUAUAGGAUUGUUGUGUCAUCUGCAUAAAGGUGAAUGAGGGAAUUGCCAGCAGCUAGGUGGAUGUUAUUGAUGUAGAUGGAGAACAGAGACGAGUUGAAAAUCCCCUGCGUCGAAUGAAGACGCACAAGGACCCCCUUUGCGUCAGCAAUUAAAGCCAAAAGACCCUGAAAAAGCGUUGAUUUUUGCCGAACUCGGAGUGAGACUGGGUGGGGGGAUGGCCUGCUCAGUUCUCAGGGCAGAAACUGACGCCCGAGGUAGUCUGGUCCCGCAUCUCUUACUGCAGUUACUAGAUUACCUUCUUUAAUAUAUACUUACAAAUAAAGUAAUCCACAAUCUUCCCGUUCUCAAAAAAUGGCAAAGUAUUAAGAGUCUAGUUGUCAUAGUUGUCUUUAUUGGGUACACACAAUUGAAAGCAAAAACAUGUAAAUCUACUCAGAACUUACUGAGAUAACGCAUUUGAAAAUCUUGCAUAAUAAGAAUUAUUGCACUUCAGUUUUACCUUGAAAAAAACCUUCUAUACCAGAAUUAAUAACAGACGCAGAAAUAAUUUAUUGUGACUGAUUCUGAUGGCUGUUGACUGUGCUCAUGAACAAACUGUGCUGUAUGGCUUGUAUCGCUUCUGAGAGUAUUCAACUAUCAUUGCAAAUGGUUGUGCGUUAUGCAUUAUGAAAAAUACUAACGUAACACAUGAAUACUACAAAUAAAUGUUUUGUCAUUUCUGAGCAUAAAAUGCAGUCCUUCAUCUGAAAUAUUUAAUUACAUGAGUUAAUGAGUAUUAAAGUGUUUCUUACAACAAGCAUGCAAGUAUAAUCUGUUUAUUAUUAUUUCGCAUUCACAGCGGUCUGAUCUCUGACAGACAAAAUGGUCAUUUGUUGACCAUUGAAGAUACUCCUAAUUCAGUGAUGCUUCAA